AUGAAGACCGCCAUCUUCUCCCUCCUUGCCCUGGCCACCUCGUCCCUCGCAGGGCCCGUCGUGGCGGAGAGCCAGCUCUCUCCCCGCCAGCUCGAGAGCCAGGCUGAUCAGCUCGACACUCUGCUUGCUCUUGUGCAGACCCAUACCGGCAACAUUAACUCCACCACCGCCGCGGUCCAAGACAACCCCUCCGUCGACCAGCAAAACGCCGCCGCCGCCGCCCUCGCCCCCGACUUCAACGCCAUCACCAGCGCUCUCACCUCGGCCACCACCCUCCUUGCCAAGCGCGCAUGGGAGGACACUGUUAUCUUUGCCCGCACCGGCGGCGAUGACAAGGAUGGUGGCCACGGCGGCGGCAAGGACGGCCCGAAUAAGUCCUGCGCUAAGGAGUGUCUCCUUGUCAAGAUUGAGCUCUUGGUUUGGGAGAUUGCUUGCACGAUCAAGUUGGUGAUUAUCAAGCUUGGGUUGGCUUGCGUCCUCCAGAUUCUGACUCCGUUGUUGUUGGCUCUUGUUGGGUUGAUCAAGGCUCUUGAUAAGGUUGUGCUGGGGUUGGUGAUUGUGGUUAAGGCGCUGCUGCACACUAUUUUGGGGACUGUGGCUGGGGCUUUGUUGGCGCUUAUUAUCUGGUAA